AUGCAACUGGCAACUCCUCUGAUCCAAGGAGCCUCGAUUGGCUGCCUCCCCGCUUUGGAAUGCUGUGCGUGCAUCCUAUGGCUACUCGCUUGGUGUUGUCUCACCAAGCUGGUCUCUGGCGAGCCCAGCCCGUACAUCUUGUGCUUGAGCGCGGCGGUCCAUGUCCGAGUACCGCCCCCUUUGGGGCAAGGGCUGCCGCUGCCGGACUUCCUGUUGAUCUAUCUCACAGGUCAUAGCACUUUCUAUGCUUGCUGCUUCGGAGGCCUGUUCUGGUGGAGUUCCUCCUCCUGGCGGCUUUGUUGGCUCCUGGCCUCGUUCUUCUGCUUGCUGGCCACAGGGCGCCGGCGGUGGGCGCUCUCCCGGCUCCCCACCGUGUCGUCGGAGUCAUUGAGGGCUCUGAGACCCUCGCAGCCGAUGCUCACUCUGCUCCAUCCGUAUUUGUACUACUUUCUCUCGGAGCUGCCAGGGGCAUCAGAGGUUGUCCGCAUCGAGAGGAUGGAUCCACCAAGCCUGCGCAUGCCCAUCGAUGUUUGGCGCAGUUCUGCAGACCUGCCUUCACGACCCGUGCUCUUCCUGAUCCAUGGCGGUGCAUGGCGAGGAGGAGAAGCGCGGUGCUCACCGCAGGCCCCCGUUCUUCAAGCUCUGGCAUCUUCCGGCUUCCUCGUUGUGAGCUGCGAGUAUCGUCGCUUGCCAGGCACGCAGUGGCCCAUGCAGCUGGAGGACUGUGAGGCGGCCUUCAAGUGGCUCCAAGACGAGGCGGCCACUCUGGGAGCUGACCUCUCCAAGGUCUCCAUAGCCGGCACCUCUGCUGGGGGACACAUCGCUGCUCUUCUCCUGGCCCGGAUGCUGAACGAGCGGAGCGAGAACGCCGAGCACGGCAUCAGAGUCACUGCCAUGCUGCUCUUCUACCCGGCCUUGGAUCCUGCCGAUCGCACCGGCAACACGGUUUGCUCCCCCUUCUCCUGCUCUUGCUUGGGUGUGAGGCGCGGGAUGAGCUUUCUGGCGUGGUACUUUGAGAAGUUUGUUCUGCAGGACCGCCAGCUUUGGCCGUCCGCAGAGCCCUUGGGGCUCCUCGAAUCGGCUAGCCAGGAGGUUGCCGCAGUGUGGCCGCCGACCCUGAUCAUUCACGGAGAGAUGGACGGCGUCGUUCCUGUGGAGCAUAGCCGCUCCUUCUUGGCAUCCCUGGGCGCAGCGAGCGCAGGCGGCAGCUGCGAAUCAGACACUGGAGGUGAGGAGAGCGGUCGCAGAUUCAGAAGUGUGGACAGGCUCUUGGUCGUGCCCCUCGCCCGCCACGUUUUCGAAAUCGCCGCUGGCGAUCUGGCUAGCGCGUCGUACGAUGCAGCCAUCGGUUGGCUAUCCCAGGUGCAGGACAGGUGUCAGAAAAGAAGUGUCGCGGAGUGA